AUGGGUAGAGGGCGUGCCCCCUGUUGUGACAAGGCUGGAUUGAAGAAAGGUCCAUGGACACCUGCAGAGGACUUGAGACUCAUUGCCUUCAUUCAGAAGCAUGGACAUAGUAAUUGGCGUGCUCUCCCUAGACUUGCAGGAUUGCUGCGUUGUGGGAAGAGCUGCCGAUUGAGAUGGAUUAAUUAUCUUAGACCCGACAUCAAGAGAGGAAAUUUCACCAAAGAAGAAGAGGACACUAUAAUUAAGCAACAUAAAAUUCUUGGAAACAAGUGGUCAAAAAUUGCCUCUAACUUGCCUGGGAGAACUGACAAUGAGAUUAAGAAUGUGUGGAAUACACACUUGAAGAAGAGAUUAACUUUGGAAGGACAAAACCCUGCUGUCACUACCUCCUCAUCUGCUUCUUCUUCCCAUUCUGAGAACCCAAUUGAGGUAUUGGAGAAGAAGAAUGAAUCCUUAGUUGAUGAAGCACCAAAGGAACUGCUGAGAUCACCUUCAUUAUCAUCUUGUAGUUCAUCUAUUUUAGAGUACUCAAACCAAGUUGAUGGGUUCAAUCAAGAUAUCCAAGAACAGCUACUUGAAAUACCAUAUGAACUCAACUUAGAUUUAUGGGAUAUGUUAGAAGAUGAUAUCAGUUUUACUACAUCAAGUGUGGAAACAAACUUAGAAGUAAAGGAUUUAGAAAGUAUGAGUUGGGUAACAAACUUAGAAAAUGAACUUGGACUUGAGACAACAACUUCUUGUGAUGCAGUUGAGCCACUUAUCUCUACUUCAUCUUCUUGUGAAGAGUUUAUGAUGAAGGAAGAAAGUCAUGAUCCAAUUGUUACUUAUUUUCAAAGGUGGCCAUCUUCACCUUUGAAUUUUUAUCUGUAAAAUAGAAGUCAAAAACUUAUAG